AUGGGUCAGAGAGCAUAUUCGAAGAGCCUCGAAAUGGGGCGCACUGAUGCGCUCGAACCGUUACGAAGUGCAUGGAAUCGAGAGCAUUUCAGCGAUGAAAUAUUAGAAGCCUUAGAUCAGCUAGAAGAUGAUGAAUCUCUAGCUCUUGAAGCUUGUCGAGAAGAUAGUCUAUAUCCCACAUAUUUUGAACACAUUAAUUCUGGACGAAUGCAGUUUGCCCUUCUAUUCAUUCUAUCUUUAUGUGCCAGUCAAACAGUUAUAUUGGGCUUAAUGUCAGAAUGGAUUUUUUGUGCCAUCUUGGCUGUGAUAGAUAUAUUCAUAUUAUCAAUAACAAUAUUAUAUAAAGGAAAUGCCAAAAUACUAUCGUCGAUAGUGAUUAUCUGCUGCAUUGCUUGUGUAUUUUGUGCUCCACCAAUCUUACAUUCAUCCUUAACUGUUGUGGUUCUCUUUCUGUGUUAUACUUUACUGCCAAUUCCAUUAGCACUAACUUUAGUAUCAGCAGUGUUGGUUACAUGCAUAAGCUUAGUAAUCCAACUCGUUCGUGUUUAUGAUGCUCAAAGUCUUCUUUCCGAUGCUCUCCUUUUCCUUGGCGUCAACAUUGUGGGCUUUUUUGUUUAUUAUCCAACAGAACUUGUUCAGAGGAAAACGUUUCGAGAAACGAGGAAAUGUGUCGAAACGCGCAUGAUGUUAGUGCGAGAGUUGGAUAAACAGGAAAAAAUUCUUCUAUCUGUUCUACCAAAACAUAUUGCUUAUGAAGUUAAACGCGAUAUGGAAUUUGGAGGAAAGACCGAUAGACUUUUUCAUAAAAUUUAUAUUCGUAAGCAUGAGAACAUCAGUAUUUUGUUCGCUGACAUUUGUGGCUUUACUAAUUUGGCUUCCGAAUAUACAGCAGAAGAAUUGGUGUUGAUGUUGAAUGAGCUGUUUGCUCGUUUCGAUCAUUUGGCCAACACUCACAAUUGUAUGAGAAUUAAGAUCUUAGGUGAUUGUUAUUAUUGUGUUUGUGGUUUGCCUGAUAGCGUGCCUGAUCAUGCAGCUUGCACCGUUGAAAUGGGACUGGACAUGAUCGAAGCCAUCAAGCUCGUAAGAGAAAUGACUUUAGUCAAUGUGAAUAUGCGAGUUGGGAUUCAUUCGGGACGAGCACAUUGUGGAGUUUUGGGAUUGAAGAAAUGGCAGUUUGAUGUCUGGUCAGAUGAUGUAACAUUGGCUAAUCACAUGGAAAGUGGAGGGAUUCCAGGACGAAUUCAUAUAACCAAGCAAACAUUAGAAGCCUUACAAGGCGCUUAUCAUGUAGAAGAGGGCCAUGGAAGUGAAAGAUCAAAAUAUUUGGCUGAUCAUAAUGUGGAAACAUUUCUGGUUGUUGAAGGAAAGAACCGUCAGCCAACUUCUCAUAAUCAAGCUAACCCAAAUCCUCGUCAAAUUGGUAAAGAAUUGCGCUUAACAGGAUAUGCACCAAGCAUUCAACGUGGUCCGAGUUUAAGACAUGCAGUCAAACCAAUGAAGCCAUUGAAAGACGAUGUUGAGUCACAUUUGAGUCAGGGAAUUCUCGCAAUUAACAAAGAAUCUUGGAGACAGCAGUAUUGUGACAGAGUGACAUUGAAAUUUAAAGAAGAAAAUGUAGAGAAAAAGUUCCUGGAAAUCAAAGAGUCGGCUCUUCUUAUGCAAGUCUGUUGUUACUUGACAGUCUUCAUCAUCGCCUCUUCUGUUCUGACCAUCUCGAGUCUUGGAAGUGUUUCUCUUUACAUCAUUAUCUGCACUUGUGUCAUCGCCCUUUUUGCUGUUGUCGCCUAUGUGGCCACUAAAUCUUUCAUGCUCCGGAAUGCAAAAAGAGGAAGAAAGAAGUUGAACUGUUCGAGACCUUUGCGGAUCGCCUGUAUUUUCCUUCUUGUCCUCAUUUGCAACUCCCUGCUCUUCACGACCAUAUACGAUGCUAGUUGUUCGUUGGAUUGUUCUGAUUCAGAAUCUUUCUAUGUGUACGAAACAACUUGCUAUAACUUUGUCCCGAAAGGAAAUGUUGAACUUGUCUUUGAAACUUGUCUUCUUCUCUUAUUGGCUACAUGUGUAUUUCUUGCUUUACUAUCUUCUUCAAAGGUUGCUAUGGCUCUCAUCCUCUGCAUCAUUGGUGUCCUGAUCAUGUGGAUUAUUCCUUCUGGAAAGCUUCAUAAUCGCCAAUUUCACAACUGGGUUGAGCAGAAUUCAUUAGAUUCAGCCAAUAUGACUUUAUCUGAUCAAUUAACAGCUUAUUGCCAAAACUAUUCGAUUGUGGCUGACAUGAGAAUCUUCUACACUUUGUCUGCAAUUUAUGUCAUUGUUCUCAUUUUCAUGCAGAGCAGACGUUCAGAGCUUAUCUCAAGAUAUGAUUUCCUCUGGAAAUUACAGGCAUUGGAUGAACAACUGGAGAUGAAACGACGUCACACUCAAAAUCGAAGUGUUCUCGAGAACAUUCUGCCAUCACAUGUUGCUCGUCAUUUCCUUGAAGAGAAAGCUGUUUCUAAAGGAAAAGAUUUGUAUCAUGAGGCUCGAGAAAAUGCUUGUAUUGCAUUCAUCACCAUCACUGAGUUCAGCGAGUUUUACAUCGAGUCUGAUGGAAACAACCAAGGAGUUGAAUGUUUACGUCUUCUCAAUGAAAUCAUAUCUGACUUUGACGAACUUCUUGAUCAAGAAAAGUUCAGUUGUAUUGAAAAAAUAAAAACAAUUUCGACAACGUACAUGGCAGCUAGUGGUUUGGCUGGAAGGACUGACGAUAACUCGCAUGUCGUUGCCGUAGCUCAGUUCUGCCAACAACUACUUGUGAUGAUAAAGUCUAUCAAUGAGCACAGUUUUAAUAAUUUCAAUCUUCGUAUCGGUAUCAAUGUUGGACCAGUAGUGGCAGGAGUCAUUGGAAUUUGGAAGCCACAUUAUGAUAUUUGGGGAAAUUCUGUGAAUGUUGCAAGUCGAAUGGAUAGUUCUGGGGUCAAAGGAAAGAUACAGGUGACUGAAGAAACGAAGCAAAUUUUGGAGAAUCAUGGUUUCGAGUUUGAAUGUCGUGGUGAGAUCAAUGUAAAAGGCAAAGGGUUAAUGACCACUUAUUUCCUAAAAACAUAA